GCGAGGGAAGAAGGAGGUCGGCUCAGCUGUCUUUUUCACCCUCCCCUCCUCUUAGAGUUUAUCCGCACCCCAUUCUCCCACUCAUUCCCCAACCACUCAGCUUUCUUUUGUCAUCUCAACUACAAACUUUUCAACUCCUUCCACACAUUUACCAUCAGGAGACGCCACACUGAAAAAGGACCUGGGAUAUGCUAAUUGGUUGUUGCAGGACCUAAAGGAGAUCACUGGCUAACCCAAUGGAGGACCAAAAGGAGGACUUAUCCCCUACUGGAUUUGGGCCACUCUUUAUCAGAGAAGAAAAGGGGGAUACAGAUGGAAACAUCGUGGAACAGAGUGAUGGCAACCAAAACCCCAAAGGGCAAAACUUCACUGGAAAACCGGGCAAACAAUCAAAGCCAUACCUACAGGAAAUGGAUGUUUUACUGAAAAGCUGUGAAAAGCUUACAGGAAUUCCUUUUAGAUCACGCCACAUUGAGGGUUACUCUGAAGCAAGUCUGAGUAAGUCCAGUCGAAAUCGAGGCAAAGAGGAGGUCCGAACAGAAACCCAUGUUGAAGCAGCCAGUUCUCCUCAAGACAACCGUUCCUCCUGCUACAUUGACACACAUAUGGACCGGACUGAAACAAAAGCCGAAUGGGCAGAAAGUCAAAACUUGGGCACAGUAAUCCACAGGCAUGGCAUGUCUUAUCACACAGAGAUGCCUCUAUCCUCAGUUGGCAACAACCUGAGUGCCAGCAUGUUGGAGUGCGAGGGCCAGCUGUUGGGGAUGUUGGCCAUGCUUGAAAGUUGCAUGGAGGAAGCUGGCAUGGAGUUCGAGCCACAAGAUCGGGCAGCAGACGCAGGCCAAGAAUAUGUGCACAUCAGAAAGGAUCCUCAACAUCCUACUGUUACAGUGCUGACGGAGGAUCAGCCAGAGAGCCAAACACUGCUGCCAAUGAAUGCUGAUUCUUUUGGCAAAGGCAAUAAUGCUUCAGAGGCUGGUGAGACUGGAGAAGCAAUAAAUUCAACAAGAAAAAGAAGCACACAUGAUCAUUUGGUUGGUUGCUCAAAGGAGAGACCAGACAAGCAAAGUAAUCUUGAAGCAGAUCAGAGGCCUGACUUCUUAUUUUCAGAUCUGCAAGCCCCUCUGGAGCAAGCAAACCAAGACCCAAAGAUCUGUGGGGAAACAAGCAAUGGACAAAGAUUCAAUGAAGAGAUUGAGACUAUAGAAGACAUUGCCAAGGCAGGAACAGAUGACACAAACGUGACUGAAGAAAGACAUAAAACUGAUCUUGAGUCGGACAUGAAUAGAUUGAGGUCUCAGAUGGAGGACUGCAUAGAGGAGGUGCAGCGGUUGGAGAAACGGAGGAAGGAGUUACUGUUGGAGGUGUUGCAGCUGAGAGGGCCCAGAGAUGAAGAGGAUGUGGAAAGGGAAAGCAGGGACGAAGAGGAGACUGAGGAGUCGAUUGACAUAAAAGCUGUGGAGCUGUUCACUAUUCUCAGGACAGAAGAGGAGGGAAGACGAGAGGAGAGAAAAAGGGAGAUUCAAGGCCUCAGGGAGGAGAGGGCAGAGGAAGAGAGGAAGACGUGGAAGGUGAAUCUGGAGAGACAGGGACUGCAAGAUGAGCUCAGGAGGCUGAAGAGGAAGCUGUUUGCUGUGGCGAGGGACUGUGCCCAGAGUCAGGCAACAUUAAACAAUCAGCGCUGUGAUGUGGAGUUACUGAAGACGGAGGAGGAAAAGUGGAACUCUUUGGUGUUGCAGCUGACAGAGGAGAGUUGCCAACUCAGAUCAAACCAACAGGAACAACUAUUGGAGCUAGAAGUAGAGCUUCACCGCCAAAGCUCCGGACAGACGUCCAACACUCAGGAGGACCUGACUGAGUGCAGGAGGAAUUCCUGUGGGGAUGUCCAACAGUACGUCCAGGGUGGACUGAAAGCACUGGAAGACAGAUAUGAACCCAUUUUGGAGGCACUGCUGAAGAGAAAAGAAGCAGCAGCUGGUGCCCUGGCGAAAGCCAAAGAGCAGUCCCAGGAGCUGAGGGUCCAGGUGAAACCUCUGAGGGAGGAGAUUCAGAAACUGGAGCUGGAGAGGACCUGUUUGGAGGAGAGACUCAAACUGACCUACAUGCAGAGGCAGGAGGAUGCAGUUCGCCACAAGGAAGUUGUGCAUUUUCUGGAGGAGAAAAUCCGAGAGAUGAGGACUGAGCUGGAGAUUCAGAAGAGAAAAACCAAGGAGAUGGAGGAGUUGAGAGAAAACCUCACCAAGCAGCUCCUGCUUUACAGGACACCAACUGAGGACCACAACAGCUGUGAUCAGCAGGACAGAACAUGAUCAUGCUUUGUUUUUGGUUGAAAAACAAUCUUGUCAUUUGUGUUGUAAUUUUAAAUUUGUAAAAGAGAGUGAGCUUCAUAGAUUUCAAGUAUGCACUUUACCCAAAUUGUUUGCCUGUAAAGUAGGAUGCACCGUGUAGAAAGGUUUCUGUUUCAAAUAAAGGCCUGGUGUUUCUUA